UGCUCUCUGUACGCCAGUGUGAAAAGGCUAUUAUCUAUUACAGUGUCGCUUUAUCACCGAUCUAUAGGAUAUUUUAUAGGAAGUUCAUUUUAAGUGUCUGGAUUUAAAGCGUCAAUAAUCAGUUCAAACAAUAAAAGCGUACUCUGCCCGUGUUUCGCUAAAAAGCUGAGGGAUGGGGCUGAAGAAAGUUAACCUCUCUUAAAAUCAUAGACAGCGCUAUGAUGCAAGGACUUUUAACAUUCAUGCCAGUGAUGGAGUCGAGUCCUUAGUGUUCCAGUCCGAGUCUUUUAUACUCGAGUCACGAGUUCCUUGACCCCCAGGGCCCUGGCGGCCAUCUUUGAGAGUCCCAGUGACGACGAGGACUUCCUGGGUUUCGCCGUGCCAGUGCUGAGUGACAGCGAGUCAGACAGCCUAGCCUCCGAGGACUCUGGGAAGCCGGCCAUGUCUUUCAGGUCAAAGUUUGUGACUUCGGAGUUGGUUAGUCUGUUUAGCCAUUCCGACAAUGAGGGGGAGGAGUUUGAGGGCUUCAGUGAGGAAGAGGAGGAGAAGAGGGGUUCCAGAAGCAGGACGAAGGCUAUGUGCAUAGCGGAGGAGAGUGAUGAGGACACAGGGUUCUACUCUGAGGGGGAGGAGCCAGACACACACAAGAGGAAGAGUCUCUGUGUCGCCUUCAGGUUUCCCACAAAAAGACUCUCUGCCCAGAAAGGGGAGGCGCCAUUCAACGCCGCCCCUCCGGAGAGGAGAACCAAUGAGAGGCUGCAUCUAAAAAGGGGUUUGUCUCAGGAGUCCAGUGGGAGGGAGACACCGGGUCAGAAACCGCCCCCCAAAAAAGAGGCGGUAGGAAAAGAGAAGAUGGAGGUCGAGUCUCGGGUUCUAAAUAAACGAGCCAAGAACAUCCAGGAGAACAAAGCCAUGUUGGCCAAGCUGUUUGCUGACCUGACCAACAUGUCUGAAGUCACCUCGUCUCCUACCAAGAAGAGGCGUGUGAGUGAGAAGCCGCCCCCUCGUAGACGAGGUGUGUGUGAGGGGGGCGAGAGGAGGAACCCAUCGCGUGCGGCCAGACCGCCAGAGAAGUUUGGGGUGGAGGAGAGCGGUACCUCCCCUUCACGACACCACAGAUCCGUGAGAACUAUCGACGUCGGGAAACUACUGGAGGUAGACGAGCUGGGUAGAAGCGGGAAGAAGAGGAGGGCGAGCAGCGGGAGGAAGAGGAGAAUUACCCAUGUGAGAUCAGUGGAUGAAAUCACAGAGGAAGAGCUGGACAACGUGGCGCAACGUGCCAAAGACAAGAUACUGGACAAGGACCACGGAAGCACGUGUCACCAGUGCAGACAGAAAACUCUGGACACCAAGACGGUCUGUCGUAGUGGAGUGUGUAUAGGGGGCAAAGGUCAGUUCUGUGGGCCCUGUCUGAGGAACCGCUACGGAGAGGACGUACACACGGCUCUACUAGACCCGGACUGGGAGUGUCCUCUGUGUAGAGGUAUCUGUAACUGCAGUCUGUGUCGAAGGAGAGAAGGACGCUGUGCUACAGGACAACUGGUCCAUUUGGCUCAACACAAGGGCCACAGCAACGUCCAAGAUUACCUGGAGAGCAUCCAGAAAGAUCUUAGAGCCUAGAGACAAGCAGACAGCGCCCCCGUUGGUCAGAACUGAGAAUUACACCCAAAUGUUAUAAUCUCUCCCGUCUCCUGAAGUGUACACUCGUUCACUUCUUCCCACCAAUCUGAAAGUAUUGGAUUGGAGGAGACAUGGGCUAAAAGAGGUUUCCACCAUAUUUCUUACACCAGUCAAUGGAAGUGAACAAGUGUACAUUUUGGAAGGAAGGUGAGAUAAUUAGGACGUCGUCACACUGACGCACAUUGUCCUGUUUUAAUAGCGUCACGGUUCAGACUAGAACUCGGGGUUGUUCCUCAACCUCUGCCACAGGUCCCUCUGACACCUUAUUUAAUCACAGUCAUGUUCAGUAGACACACGACGCUUUGAAACGGGGAGGUAGUACCUGACAUUCUGCAGAAAGAACCG